AAAAAAACAAAAUUCACAUCUCAUGUGGUUGUCUCCUUCAUUGUCAAUUGUCACUACCUCAGGAAGCUUUUUGUUUUCACGUUUUUAUUUUAUUUUUGGUCUUUGGAAAUUAAAGGCAAAAAAAACAAGAAAUAGGAAGGAGAAGAAGAUAUUUUGAAGCCUUAUAUAUAAAACCUUCCAAAAUCCUCCGUUUAGAGGGCGCAUUGAGAGAGCUUUCGUAUUAGGUGUGAUUUGGGAUUUUUCAUAUUCAUUGGUAUCAUCGAGACAUUGAUUAAGACCAGAAUAUGGCUACGGCUACGUCUCACCAAUCAAUUGUUUCAUUUGCUUCACACCGGUCAUCUUCUUCUUCUUCUUCGACAAUCUCUCAGUGUUUAUUACGAGAGCCUCUGUUGAAUCUGCCAAUCUCUAAAGGAUUCAAGAUCCAUUCUUCACUGAGUUGUAAUAACCAUACCACCUCCAAAAAGAGAAACCUUUGCAAGAUUAAAGCAGUGGCUUCUUCUCAGACUGAGACAUCUGUUUCUUCUUAUAACAACAACACUUUCUUGUCUCCUUCCAAGAACAUACCUGACCUUUCCAAGAAAAAAUCAAAUGAAGCAGCUUUGAUAUUGAUUAGGCAUGGAGAAUCUUUGUGGAAUGAGAAGAAUCUUUUUACGGGUUGUGUUGAUGUGCCAUUAACUGAAAAAGGUGUUGAAGAGGCUAUUGAAGCAGGGAAGAGGAUUAGUAACAUACCUGUUGAUGUUAUCUUCACAUCUUCUUUAAUCCGUGCUCAGAUGACUGCAAUGCUUGCUAUGAUUCAACACCGUCGUAAGAAGGUUCCUAUCAUCUUGCACGAUGAAAGCGAACAGGCGAAAACGUGGAGUCAAGUCUUUAGUGAUGAAACUAAAAACCAAUCUAUUCCUGUCAUACCGGCUUGGCAGCUCAAUGAAAGAAUGUAUGGAGAAUUGCAAGGUCUUAACAAGCAAGAAACAGCGGAAAGAUAUGGGAAAGAGCAAGUUCACGAAUGGCGUAGGAGUUAUGAUAUCCCACCUCCAAAGGGAGAGAGCUUGGAGAUGUGUGCUGAGAGAGCAGUGGCUUAUUUUCAGGACAAUAUUGAACCAAAGCUUGCAGCUGGAAAGAACGUAAUGAUAGCUGCUCAUGGGAACUCGUUGCGUUCUAUCAUAAUGUAUCUUGACAAAUUGACUUGCCAAGAGGUGAUAAGUCUAGAGCUAUCAACCGGUAUACCACUUCUCUACAUCUUCAAAGAAGGUAAAUUCAUGAAGCGAGGAAGCCCGGUUGGUCCGACAGAAGCCGGUGUUUAUGCUUAUACCAAGAGUUUGGCUCAAUACAGACAGAAGCUAGAGGAGGACAGUGAAGUAAUCUGUUCCUGAAGUUUAACAAGAAAGAUUGGUUCUUGAUCUACUCAACUCUCUUCCCUCAAGCUUAGGACCUUAGAGGCGUUUACAAAGAAUAUAGAUUUUAUUAUUUCUUCUUGGUUCUUCUUCAUUCAUAUGUGACAUAUCCACUGUUACCUGAAGGAUCAAUGUUCAAAAACGUCACCGUUCCUUCUUACAAGCCUCGCACUUGUUGAUGUUGUCUUUGUUAUUGUUACCAAACUCUUUAAGCAAAACAAGUAUUAUUCUGUGAUACA